UUUUUGACAAUAGUGCAGUGUCAAAAACGCUCUUAUAUUAUGGGACGGAGGGAGUACCUAUUAUUGACUGCAUGGAAUGAAUCAUGUCAAACUUCAGCAACGUGGAUUACCUUUUCUUUUCUGGUAGAAAUUUUAGGUUCUUAUGACUUGUAUCUAGUCACUUGUCAAGUAUCGGUGCUGUGCAAUAUGAACCACAGAAACUGCGCUUCCUUUUCCUUUGUUUGUAUUUCUUGUUACACGGAGGUGCAUGUAGUCCACCAAUGGUGAGUAGUUUUGCAGAAUACAGAAAAUUACGUUGAGCAUUAGAACUGUUUUUUAUGCCUAUAAUGAUCCAACAUUUUCUCCUGCACUUAACUUCUCCGUUUUGGUACCAAUGCAACCUGACAUAGGGGCGGAUCCUGCUUUUUUUAGUUAAAGAAGGGAAGUUACAACUAAUCAAAGCGAAGGAAACCAAAGGAGCUGUUUAUUCGCUUAAAUCAUUCAAUGGGAAAUUAUUGGCUGCUAUUAAUCAGAAGAUCAGAUUGUACAAGUGGGUGCAGCGAAAUGAUAGGUCACGUGUACUACAAUUUGAGUGUGCCCAUGAUGGCCACGUAUUAUCUUUGUAUACUCAAACACGUGGUGAUUUCAUCUUGGUUGGAGACAUGAUGAGAUCAUUAUCGUUGCUGAUAUACAAGCACGAAGAAGGCAAGAUUGAAGAGGUGGCUAGGGAUUUAAACACAAACUGGAUGACUGCAGUUGAGAUGCUGGAUGAUGAUAUUUAUAUUGGUGCAGACAAUUGCUGUAACCUGUUUACCGUGUUCAAGUCCCCAUAUGGGUUCCUUGAGCCCGUUGGGGAGUACCAUCUGGGGGACGUGGUGAAUAGGUUGCAUCACGGUUCUCUGGUUAUGCACCACGCAGAUUCGGAGACAGGCCAGUUUCCUUCAGUCAUCUUUGGCACGGUCAAUGGCGCCAUCGGUGUGAUUGCCUCCCUUCCAUAUGACCUAUAUGCGUUCCUAGAGAAGCUGCAGUCCGUUCUUGUGAAUUUCGUCAAGGGUGUUGGUAACCUUAGCCAUGCAGAAUGGCGGUCAUUCUGUAACGCCAGGAGGACCAGUUCUGCCCGGAACUUCGUGGAUGGUGAUCUGAUUGAAUCUUUCUUCAGUCUGAGCCCAAGCCAGAUGGUGGAGGUUGCGUGCGCGAUGGGUGUCCCUCCGGUUGAGCUGUAUAAGCAAGUGCAGGAGUUGACCAAUCUACACUAGUAAUAAGUAAUAAGCAUAGCAACGUACAGUACUCUAGCUGCCUACCAUCAUGUAUAGCUCUAGUGAAUAUUCCUACUAUUAACUCGUUGCCAGCGUGGUACAGUAGAAUAGAUGCAUGCUAAAGGUGAUAUUUCCAGUUCUGGGCCCAACUUCAUGGCCGCUCAACUGCUGGUAACCCAGUGUUGUAGAUGCAGAUAACAGCCUUCGGUCUAAUUACUUCCUUUUUGCUUUAUUAUUGGAGAGAAAUUUGGUUGUAGCUAAGGAGAUUGUACAUUUGGUUACCCUUCUGAAGCAAAGUCAUACAGUUGUAAACAACUCUGUUCGUGUGAUGCAUCGGCCAUCGGGUGAAAACUUAUGGGU